UGUGCCAACUCAAUUUCGGUGAGAAACCAUCGAGAAGUAGUCAUGAAGCCGACGCCGAAGGCGGGCCUAGCGAACCGAAAUCAGAGUUUCUUCCAAUCACUCACUCCCUCUCUCACCACCACAUCCGAAUACACCCAAGAAGUCUCAGUUUCUCCGUCCACAGAUGAAGAGGACAGUUUGUUCUUCGACCUGUCCAAGAGAAGCCUACUUUGGAUUCCAGAUGAAAGAACCAUUCUUAUGGGAGUACUAGGACUACUAGCUAGAACUAGAAGACGCCCUUAGCCCAACUUCUCCCUCUGUCCCUCCCAUCCAUGUACACUACGAACUUUCUGAUUUUUACCACAUUUUAGCACCAAAGCUACUCCUCCGUCCAAAUCCCAUUUAGGAAAUUGGAACCUCGGCUUAUUUGGUUUGUUGUGCCGUGCUACUAAGUCUAGAUGUCCACUAAUUUUUUUUUUCAGAAGAAGAUUUAUUGCAGGAUUUGACGAUGGAGAAGAAUUCUCCAUGUCUCCAUGUCUGGCUUGCUAACAUGCGCAGACGCCAUGGAAUAACAGAUUCUUACACCACAUUACAGUGAUCAGACGGCACUAGCUGGCAAUCUUUGUUCUAUAUACUGACAGGAAGACGUUCCGACCUUCCCCGGGUUCGAUAGUGUGAAUAUGAUCUUCAUACGGGUUGAUUUUAAUUUUAGCGGAUAGAUUGAUAAAGAAAAUUAGAUGAUAAUUUAAUGGUAUUUUUGUCUUUUCACGUGUCAUUUAACGAUUAAUUAACGACAAAUGUCAGAUUAUCGCAUUUCCAAAGUUCGGAUAUUAGAUUGUCGCAUUUUAAAGUUCGAUACUAAAUUCGCACUCGGCCUAAUCGCACUUCCCACUUCCACACGAGAGCAUUUGUCUGCUGCUGUUUCCUCUUUGACUGAAAUGGUGGUGGAGACCAUUAUAUGCGGGGGCGCCGUUGCUCCAUCUGUUUCUUUUGGGUGCUCUGUCGUAAAUCCUGACCACUUCCAAUUCCAUUGCUUUGUCUCACCUAAGCGCGUCGAGCUUCCGCGGCUCCGGUUCUGUACUUUGGCAGCGAAACGAAGCCCUAAACGCCUCAAAUACUCUGCUCCUCGCUUCACCAAGGAGGGUGACUUGCUUUAUGUGGAAGUUGAUCCAUUAGGAUCGGACAUUUGGAAACUGGAACCUGUUGUUCAACUUCUGAAAGAAGGAGCUGUAGGAGUUAUUCCUACAGAUACUGUUUAUGCAAUUGUUUGUGAUCUGAAAAGCCAUUCUGCCAUUGAACGUCUUCGCAGAAUUAAAAAUAUUGAAGCUUCAAAGCCUCUCAGUAUUUUAUGCCAUUCCUUUCGGGACAUUGAUACUUAUACUAUGGGGUUCCCUCGUGGCAGUGGCCAAGGUCAAACGAACAUCUUCCGAGCUGUUAAGCAUUGUUUACCUGGACCUUACACUUUCAUCUUACCUGCAAGCAAAGAACUACCAAAGCAGUGUACAAGGUAUGGAACCGCAACUGCUAAAUAUGCACCAAGGAAAAAUGUAGGUGUUCGCAUGCCAAAUGAUGUUAUAUGUCAAGCUGUGCUAGAAAAGAUGGAUGCACCUUUAAUAUCAACAAGUGUAAAAUGGCCUAAAGAAGAUCAGUGGAUGCUAGACCCUGUUGUAAUAGCUGAUACUUAUGAACCAGAGGGUCUUGAUUUUGUGGUUGGUGGUGGAAUUAGAGUGGCUGACCCUUCAACCGUGGUGGAUAUGACGGGAAGUGCUCCAACCAUUCUACGGCAAGGGAAGGGACAAAAGCAGGACUGGAUGGUAGUGAAAGAUGAGAAAGAUUCUGUCAUUCUUGAGGGAGAGUUACCCAUCCCUCACACAGCUUAAGCUUAUUUGACCAUCUAGCGCACAUGCCUAGUCAAAUGGUAUUUUCUCUUCAUGAUUAUAAGCUUAUGAUUGCUUGCAAUGCUAUUGUUUUAGUUCGGACCAUUUUCAAUGUUCAUAAAGAGGAGGGAAGGAGACAAAAGAAAGCAUGUGAUCUUUUUGUACAUAAAGUCAUAAAUCAUAAACGCUAACGAUAAAGGUUGUUUUUUGUCCAGUAGGCUUCAUUUCUGAAAGGUGCUUAUCCUCUUGUAUGUAUUAAGGUCCUGUUGGGAUGCAUAAGACUCUUCAUUUAAAAUGGUGCAGCUGAAUUAAAUAAUUGUUUGGCACUUGCAAAAUCAUUCAGAUUA